CAUAUUUGCAUUUGCUCUAUGCGAGGGUUGCAGCCAGAGUUGCGUCGUGAGGCCGAGCAGUUCUUUGUGCUGUUACACUCGAAACUUAUCAAGAUUACCUGUAGCAGUGCAUAAUGAAUUGCUGAAGCGGGCAAGCCGGUGCAGCGCGGAGCCUAAGGAGUCGCUCCAAGUUUCCAGCACAUAGGGAGUCGUGCACGCAGCACGGUGGUGCGCGCUAAAUGGCCACCAGUCAGGAAUGGCUAGAGAGUCUGGAUUUGGUGGCGGAGACGCCUCCUUCGGCAACGCGGUCGGCCAAUGGCGAUAUGGCUUCUUCGAUUCAGCGCUCAUCAUCCCUGCUUGAGCUUGAGUUGCGGAGCCGCACUGGGGUAUGGGGACAGAGCACCACGGCGAGCAUGCAGAAAUUUGAGUGCAUCCAGAAGGUCAAGCGGGAGCUGGUGGAGGCCCAGAUGGAAGCCGACUCCAUCCCGGUCUUUGCAUUUCAAAUGAUGGUGCUGCUCAGCAUUACUGCGGCUGCGGCGAUUGUACUUGUCUGGGAGCUGUACUUGCGGCCGCGCAGCCAUACGGCAGCGUUGGCGUGAGGGGUGGCUCAAGCGGGGCAUAAGCCGGCAACAUCCGGCAUAGGCCAUGGUGUAAAGCGUGACGACCGGCUGGUACCGGCAACAGCAACAGCAGCAAGACCAGACCGCACUGUAGGCGGCACUACUUUGUACCACUGUAUCCACGACGUGUCCGUUCAUUGGUGAUCAAGGCUACCGGCCCCACGGAGGGUGCCGUCCGUCGCCAGGGGCACUGGUGCAGCGCAAGGCAACAGGGAGCUUGCCGUUGCACGUAUCAUAUUCUUAGCUUCCAUUUUAUCCUGCUGCUGGAAUCGAGGUGACGACUUGCUUGUGGAACGGAGUGAUUUGAUGAUAAUGUCUUUGGCUCCCUUUGUUCUUUACGCGUGGGCUGUUUGGUGAUUCAUGAUUUCUUCAUCUAUCCACCUGUUAGCACCCGGUAGAGAGGGCAGUGUGUGGCAACUGAGAGCAUUAUGCAGUGGUGCGCGCUUUUCGCGCAUAGCUGCAGUGAACCACGGUGUCUGGGCGCGUGCAAGGAGGCGGCGAGGACCCUAAGCUCAGACGGAUACUCUUUAUGAACUGAACACCGAGUGCUAAGAAAUUCGUACUUCUGGGGUGCGUAAUCCUUCCUACGCAUGUCACAGGUGCGGCAGCGCUUUGAGUGGCAUGACUAGUCUGCAUCUUGGCAAGGAUUCAACUGGGAUCCUAGAAUGCAUGUGAUGUAUCCCAAUAAUAAGUGCAUAUCGAGUAUAGGAUCAGGCAGGGUAAGGGACGUCAGUUUAAGGAAAGCACACGGGUCAUUGGGGGCUAUGGGUUGUGUGAGUCUUCAGGGCUGUCAAUCUGGGGAGGUGCAUUGGGGCAUUGGAGCGUUGUAUGUUGCAGAUCCGGAGUGGGAGUAAACUCGCUGGCGUGAGGAGGUCGUUCCUGUGCUGAUGUGCUGAUAUGGUGUUGUCACUGCGGCAGUAGCAGGGCUUCAGAGUGUUAAUUUGCGAUCUUGCGCGGCACUGUGGCUCAUGUAUGGUGCGGCCGGGUGACGCUGGCCGCUACCAAGGGCGGCGCGGAAAGAACUUUCUCGUACGCAGUAUUGUUUGCAGCUUCUGUCUCGGGCGAGCCAGGACUGCGCUGCAUUCUCUUGAUCAAGACACAGAACAUGGACACAUUUAUGAACCAGAUCACAUGUUUGAUGCUGCAAGGCAAGCCUUUGCUCGGGGAUUCGAGUUCCUGGUGCAAUGACUCGAUGAUUCAUGGUGAUAGUGUCAAACCGCGUUCUUUUCCUCCGCAAAACGUGCUGUAGGCAUGGCUGGGUCCUGAAAAGUGUGAAGUAGGCACCUUGAGGAGUGUGAAGAAGGCACCUUGAGGAGUGUGCAACCUGCGGAUUGAGGUGCGUGAAGCGGGCUGCUUGGCUGGGGUCCAUGAGGGAUUAUUUUGUCUUCCUGGGCUGCUGUGCGCACAUGAGCGGUAUCGCCUGUGUCGUGUACUCGUUCGGCUCGGCUGACCACAGACAUGACCGUAUUCCAAUAAUGUGCGGCUGUUACUGCCCUGAUACUGCCGGUGCUGGAGGAUUCAGUGCUUGCCACUGUGGCCUGGUACGAGGCUUGUUAGCGGAGUGCUGUCGAAACGCGAACGCGAAUGUGCGCUUGCUUGGAGUGCGAAAGGGUUACCAGGGUGGUGUCACGCACAGGUGCGAGAGCGGCAGAGCAGGUAGGGCCGAAGGCCCGGGGCCAUGACAGCAUGACGCUCGGAUACAACGAUGUAGUGGUGACAGCACAGUGCCCAACGGCUGUCCUUUGAGGAUGCGUCCGCCAUACCUUCUAUUCCUUCUUUCGGAAGACUGAUAGAUAGGCUAAGGCGGCCAUGUCACCAUGUGUCAGGCCCGCUGGCCCGGGUUAGAGGUAAACCCACAGCUGUAAACGGACUGCAGGCUGCCAAGCACGCAUCGGCAUGCAUAGGCACAUAGUGCACGCCAGGGCUCGACUGGCGUCUUGACUGCCGUUGGGUGUGUAGUAGGACAGUCGGUAAAAGACACAUCUAGAUGCCCCAGGGUGCCGUCCGCAGGGUUAUAUGCUUGUGUGUCGUAGAACUUCCGUGUUCCGCCCACACUCUCCCCCUUCUGGACUGCACGUCCCGGGCAGUCACCACGCUAGCGUAGAGAGUACUUCUUGGCAACCGUUUGUGUUUCCGUGGCAGUGGGGUGCUUAGGCCCACGUCGCGUCUACCCGAUACCUGAGCAGCGCCAGUAGCCAACUCUUUGUUGGUGCCAUUACGACUCUCGCAUAGCCGUAGUGAUGGACUUUGCCGACGUCACCAGGAUUUGAACCCCCGACCUUAUGUGGUCGCGUGCGCAUUGUCCGCAGAUUACGCACGUCGGGCCCUGAACUCGAUACCAAAUGUAGUAGGACAGUCGGUAAAAGACACAUCUAGAUGCCCCAGGGUGCCGUCCGCAGGGUUAUAUGCUUGUGUGUCGUAGAACUUCCGUGUUCCGCCCACAGGGUGCAUGUGUCAAGGUAUGAGGAGCCGAUGGCUACGGGUGCAGGUGGCGACGUGUGAACAUAAGGCCAAUGGAACGACCUCGUGAAACAACUCCGAUAACA